AUGGUGGAAGGAAGAAAGGGUGGAUGGAAGAAAGGAAAGGUGGAAGAAGGAAAGGUGGUGGAAAGAAAGGUGGUGGUGGAGGAAGGAAAGAAGAGGAAAGGUGGUGGAGAAGAAAGGAAAGAAAGAAAGUGGAUGGUGGUGGAAGGAAAGAAAAGAAUGAAGGAGGCAGCUGUUGAAGGGUGGUGGAGGACAGAAAGGGUGGACAGUGACAGAGACAGAGUGGAGGACAGGAAGAGGCACGGAGGAAGAUGGCGGAGACACAGUGGAGGAGGACAGCAGUGGACGGACAACCCCAGUGGAAGGAUGGAGGAAGACAUGGACAGUGAAUGGAGGAAGGAGGAGGAAGGAGGACAGAGGUGGAGGAAGGACAGGAAGAAAGGAGGUGGACAGACAUGGACACAGUGGACCGAGGACAGAGCCACAGGACAUGGACAGACAGGACAGAAGGACACAUGGACACAGUGGAGGAAGAACACAGUGGUGGACAGAGGAACGAAUGGAUGGAGGAUGGACAGCAACAAGGAGCCACAUGGAGAAGGACAGAGGAAGACAUGGAGGAGGCAGAAAGAAGAAAUGGAGGAAGAAGUGAAUGGUGGAGGUGGAAGAAAGAAGGACAGAAGGAUGGACAGGAAGGAGGAGGAAGGACAGAGGAGGAGGAACACAGUGGAGGAGUGGAGAGAAAGAAGACAAAUGGACAGGAAAAGGAAGGAAAGAAAGGUGGAGUGGACAGAGGAAGAAGGAGAAGGAGGAAUGGUGGAAGAGCUUGAAGAAGAAAGAGAUAGAAGGAAGAAAAGUGAGAGGAAGAAAGAAAAUGGUGGAAGGAAGAAGAAAGGAAUGGAAGACAGAUGA